AGAGGGGUCUCCCAGAGAGGCGGGACCGGUCGGCCGCCUAGGGCCACCGAAAGGCUAGCGAAGGGUUUCCCCAGCCUCCUUACCUUGAGUCUGUUAGGUUUUCUGGAGAUUGGCUUCGUUGGAGCAGAGGGUAUCGCUACCUCGGGAAAAUGACUUAGUGCCUAGGUGUCGUGGCCACUUGCGCACCGCGUAGUUUCGGGGUCGAUAGCCUUGGCGGAUGCGAGGGGGGCCAGGCCUGUGCCCACGGACGGUAAGGGGAGACGGGGGUACAAGAGCACCCCGCGGAGGCCAGAGACGCCCGAGAUCGCGUGUAUGGCAGCGUCUCACCUGCUAAGUGCCCAAGAAAUGCCAGUGCCGCCCGGAGGCCGAGGUGAGGGUGGACUGGCCGGACUUCGCUGGCAUCAGAGCGGCACUUGUUUAUGGGGCAGGAGGGAGCAGUCCAAUCCCAAGCCGGUUAAGGGGAGCUUUCGUCUUUUGUGUAUAUAUAUAUUACAUUCUCUUGGACUUUGAUUAGACCAAGAAUCAAAAUCUGCCCACCUCAGUGCAAGUUUAAGCUGAAUGGUGUGGAAUGAGACGGACCUUAACAGAGAGGUCACAGGUUUCUCUGAUCGAGCAUUUAUGCUGGCUGAAGACAAGACCUGUAUUAUAGUCUUUCCUUGACUAUUCCUUAGACGUUACCUUGAACAAGUCAGGUAACUAUUCCGGCCCUCAGCUCUGAAAGCUCUGAGAUCUCUUCUGAUGUUAAUAUUCUGUGAUUCUCGGUGAUUCUCCAAGAAAAAUCUAGGGCUUCCCCUAAUAAACAUCACCUUGGAGGUUCUCUCAGGGAAACUCUCAGGCAGAUGGGCUGCCUGUUCGGGUAACUCUCUGGAAAGCGUCAAUCAUCAGCAUACUCCCAGUAGUCACGACUUGGACUCAAACGAGGCUGGUUACGCAUCGCUGUAGAAGGAAGGAAGAGGAGACAUUUUUCUAAUUGAUCUGACUCCGUCACGUCCUUGAGAACACUGUGAUUCUGUGAAAACUUCAGGGGAUGAUGGAUACAAGAAGACUGAAUCGUGCAAGGAUAAACGAAUCUCUUCUCUUACUGUUUCUGUGUGGAUUGGGUGGCAGCAGAACGCAUAGAACCCCUGCUCUUUGUAUAGUGGUCUUGAGAGGAUGUCACAUAGGAUCUCCCAGCCAUCCAGCCCCGGCUAGUGGCGGUCAGCAAAACCAAACCUGCAGACAUGGUGAUCGAGGCCUAUGGAUAUGGGCAGCGCACUUUUGGCGAGAACUACGUUCAGGAACUGCUAGAAAAAGCAUCAAAUCCCAAAAUUCUGUCUUUGUGUCCUGAGAUCAAAUGGCACUUCAUUGGCCACCUACAGAAACAAAAUGUCAACAAAUUGAUGGCUGUCCCCAAUCUCUUCAUGCUGGAAACAGUGGAUUCUGUGAAGUUGGCAGACAAAGUGAACAGUUCCUGGCAGAAAAAAGGUUCUCCUGAAAGGUUAAAGGUUAUGGUCCAGAUUAACACCAGCGGAGAAGAGAGUAAACAUGGCCUCCCACCUUCAGAGACCAUAGCCAUCGUGGAGCACAUAAACGCCAAGUGUCCUAACCUGGAGUUUGUGGGGCUGAUGACCAUAGGAAGCUUUGGGCAUGAUCUUAGUCAAGGACCAAAUCCAGACUUCCAGCUGUUAUUGUCCCUCCGGGAGGAACUGUGUAAAAAGCUGAACAUCCCUGCUGACCAGGUUGAGCUGAGCAUGGGCAUGUCCGCGGAUUUCCAGCAUGCGGUUGAAGUAGGAUCUACAAAUGUCCGAAUAGGAAGCACAAUUUUUGGAGAGCGGGAUUACUCAAAGAAACCCACCCCGGACAAGUGCGCAGCAGACGUGAAGGCCCCGCUGGAGGUGGCACAGGAGCACUGAGCCAGGAAAUACUGAGAGCACUAACUAUGCACUAACCUAGAUUUUCAUUUCGAUAUUCCCUGUGUCCCAGCGCAGUCCUGCUCUCCUGUGACCUGUGGAGAGCACUAAUGAUCACGUGUGUUGAUGGAAACCAUCUGUGCUUAGUCUCUGACAUAGGAAGCUUGCUUCAGGCAGUGGCUUUGGAUUGAGUUUGAGAAAUUCAAACAUUUCUGCAGAACAGAUACCAAAUCAAUAGCUAGGAAUCAUGUUCAAUAUUGAAUUCUGCCCAGGAGCAUGAACUGAUCCAUGAAUGCCUUUUCCAGGUUAAAAUUUGGUCACUGAUGCCUAUAAUCGUGGAAGUCAGAGGGAUUCCCCUUUUUCAUCUCAUUUUAAUGGGAAAUUCCUUAUGGUUAACAUCUCCCUACAAACUCCUACUACGUCGUCUAAAUUGCUGCUCUGGAAUAAGGUGAUUUCUGCCCCCAGAUUCUUCCCUAGCCGGUAGAUACAUGAAGAUAUUCCCAACUGUGGAAUGGCAGUGUAGGUAGCUUCAGGAAAUGGCUCAGGUUAAUUCUCAAAACACAAAUUGUUGCUGGCCAGGCAUGGUGACUCAUGCCUGUAAUCCCAGCAAUUUGGGAGACAGAGGUGGAAGGAUCACCUGAGCCUAGGAGUUCAAGACCAGCCUCAGCAACAGCAGGAGCCCCCCCACCCCCGCCCGUCUCUACAAAAAAAUUUAAAAAUUAACUGGGCAUGGUGGCUGAGGUGGAAGAAUGGAAGAAUCACUUGAGCCCAGGAGUUUGAGGCUGCAGUGAGCUAUGAUUGCACCACUGUACUCCUGCCUUAAAAAAAAAAAAAAAAAAAAAAAAAUCCCAAUAGUCCAUGAAGGCUUUGAUCUCUUGGGAAGUUCUUCAUAGAUGCUGUCACAUUUCUUAAAGCAACCUUUUAAUAUGCAGAUAAUACCCCCCAACUUUUUUAGAGACAGCCUGUCUCUUAAAAAAAAAUUAAUUUGGUAGUGAGAGCUUGUGUCACUGCCACUCUGUUUUAUCCCUGAAAUUAAGGGAUAACAUAAGGAGGACUUGGGCCUUUCUGACAUCAUCCUGAAGAGACAGGACUUUGCGUUUUUCCUCUGGGACCUACAGUGAUGAGAAUUUAAUGAUUAUCUCCUCCACUAUAAUCCUCUUUAGGGUGAUUUUUUAAAUCAAAACCCAGUGAAUCUCAUUACUCCUAAGAAACGAAAGAUUCCUUCAAAGCCUUUUCAGGCACAUGGUUUCAACAAAGCCUGGCUUUGACAUUCCUUGUCCUGAGGAGCACUUUCCAGGCAUAGUUACAGCUUCCCCACUGUAUUUACAAGCCAGAAUUGUGCAACUCUUCUGGAUCAUUAAUAAAGUAGCAAGAUCCUCAAAAAACCCAAAAACACCAUUCUCUAAUAGUCAUGACAAAUGGCUUCAGUAUGGCUUGUUUUUUAUUUUCCAGAUGGCUUUUUCUCUUAUUUUUUGAAGCCCCAGUCUUUGAUUUUACAGGUAACUUUCAAAACAUGAUGCUGCUGCCAAAUGUACUUUUGUAAACUUAAACAUUAUGAUUCCUGUAUUAUUUCAGUGAGAGCUACAGUGUGAUAUUUCAGAGUCUAUUAAAUAAAAAUGUGAGUUUGAAUUACACCAUCUGUGCCAAUUACAAAGCAAUUAAAAGAUUUAUUUUUUA